CCGGCCACCGGACAGGCGCCUCCGGCUCUCACCGGCCCGCCUGCUGCUUCGAGCCCGCGGCGGCGGCGGCGGCGGGCGGCAUGCGCGUGUGAAAUGCGGCCGCGGGCAGCCGGGACGCGAGCAGCGGCCGCCGCGGCAGCGGAGAAGACAGGCGCGGCCUCCUCAGCGAGGGGCACGCAGUGCAUGAGGGCGAGCACGCGGGUGCUGGGCAGCCGCCGGCCACGCCGCCUCCAUAAACAUUUGUUUAGGACUCGUUCGCCCCGCUGAGGUCCCGGCGCCUCCACCAUGGAGGCCCCGGCCGACCCCGGGUCCCACGCCUCGGCCUCGGCCUCGUCCUCGGCCGCGGCGCCGCUGCGCGCCCCGGAGGUGGCGCGGCUCCGAGAGGAGCAGGAAAAGGUGGUCACUAACUGCCAAGAGAAAAUCCAGCAUUGGAAGAAGGUAGAUAAUGACUAUAAUGCCCUUCAAGAAAGACUCAGUACCUUGCCUGAUAAGUUGUCUUAUAAUAUCAUGGUACCAUUUGGCCCCUUUGCCUUCAUGCCAGGAAAACUUGUCCAUACUAAUGAAGUCACCGUUUUACUUGGGGACAAUUGGUUUGCAAAGUGCUCAGCAAAGCAGGCUGUGGGCUUAGUCGAGCAUCGGAAAGAACAUGUAAAAAAUACAAUAUAUGAUUUAUUUCCCUGUAGCCUCCCUGCAGCUUUUAUGAUCAGUGCCAGCUAUUUUCCCCCAACUGAGGUCUGGCUUAGAUGUAAGAAAACAAUAGAUGAUUUAAAAAAAGUGAUAAAAAAUUUUGAAUCCAGAGUUUGAAUUCACAGAAGAUUGCAGAAAAUGAGUGAUGCUGCAGGUGAUAUUGUUGAUAUAAGAGAAGAAAUUAAAAGUGACUUUGAAUUUAAAGCAAAACACCGAAUUGCCCAUAAACCUCACUCCAAACCAAAAACUUCAGAUAUUUUUGAAGCAGAUUUUGCAAAUGAUGUCAAAUCCAAGGAUUUGCUUGCUGAUAAGGAACUGUGGGCUCGACUUGAAGAACUAGAGAGACAAGAAGAAUUGCUGGGUGAACUUGAUAGUAAGCCUGAUACUAUGAUUGCAAAUGGAGAAGAUACAUCUUCUGAAGAAGAAAAGGAAGAUCAGAACAUAAAUGUGCAUGUGAUGCACCAAGUAACAGACUCUGUUCAUUCCAGCAGUUGUUAUAAGGAUGUUACACAUUCAGAACUGUUCAAUGGCCAAGUGAAUAGUCAGUUGAACUGUUCAAUGAUUGGUUCAAAUUCUUAUCACAGUAAUGAAGAUGAAGAAGAAGAAGAAGAAGAAGAUGAUGAUGAUGAUGAUGAUGGUGAUAAUGAAAAUGAUGUUUUAGGGGUUGGAGAUCAUUCUGUACCAACAAUAUAUUUUUCUCACACUGUCGAACCUAAGAGGGUCCGAAUAAAUACUGGAAAAAAUACCACUUUAAAAUUCAGUGAGAAGAAAGAAGAAGCCAAACGUAAACGAAAGAACAGCUCUGGCAGUGGUCAUUCUGCCCAGGAACUGCCUACCAUCAGGACUCCCGCUGACAUUUAUAGAGUCUUUGUUGAUGUUGUGAAUGGAGAAUAUGUUCCUCGUAAGUCCAUUCUGAAGUCUCGCAGCAGAGAGAACAGUGUUUGCAGUGACACCAGUGAAAGCAGUGCUGCUGACUUUGAUGACAGACGGGGAGUUCUGAGGAGUAUUAGCUGCGAAGAGGCCACUUGUAGUGACACCAGUGAGAGUAUUUUGGAAGAGGAACAGGAAGAAAACCAUCACAAGAAACUUUUGCCUUUAUCAGGAACACCUGAGGCUUUUUCUGGAACUGUAAUAGAAAAAGAAUUUCUAUCGCCCUCCUUAACACCACACCCAACCAUGGUUCAUCCUGUGUUACCCACCAUUCCAGAACGAAAAGAAGUCUUGUCAGAAAUAUCAGAAGAGACUACCAAGAGGGUUUCAAAGUUCAAAGCUGCCAGAUUGCAGCAGAAAAACUAGGGCCUGCCAAGGAGUUUACAUCCUAGAACCUUGUUUUGCAUUUCUUUAGAAUCUGUAUAGCAAAAUAUGUUACAUGUAGUUGAAAUAAGGCAUCCUGAAUGCAUUUGGCAGCAAGUUCUCUUACUGUUAUCAGUGGUAUUAAAAAGAAAGUAAAUGUUUGAA